AUGCCCGCCGGCGGUUGCCACACACGUUAUGUGUGUCCCUACAUAGACAACCUCGCUACCGCGACAAUUACGACGUCCACGUACACCAACUACAAGUACAUCGGCGACUUCCAGGGACUCUUUAACAGCCAGGGCGGCCAGUUCGCGCCGCACCAGCGCGGGUCGGGCCCUGUGAAUUUCGAGCGGUACACGGAGGUGGGGACCAUUUUCGACGUGGUGAAGGGCGUGUACGGUGACACGCUGCAGGAGUGCUGCCGCGCGUGUGCGCGCUCCACGUACUGCUACGAGUGGCACUGGUUCAAGAAAGUAAUUCAUUUCGAUUCCUUCUACCCUUACCUGCUUCUCCGCAGCUCGCGCCUGGCGGGUGAGAAUGCCAGGGUGGCGGGCUUCAUCGACCGCAUUCAGUGUUACCUGCUGGAGAAGAACGGCGGCACGGGCACGUCAGGCUCCUUCAAGACGCCCAUGGCGGGCGACGCGGCGACGCAGGCGGCGAACGCGGCGACUUACCCGCUGAGCUUCGUGGGCGGGCUGUGCAACGGCACGGCGCUCGUCGAGAACGACCCGCAUCUCACGGGCGCGCACGGCACGCACUACGACUUCACGGGCCGCCUCGAUCGCUCCUUCUGCCUCUUCUCCGACCGUCGAUUCCACGUCAACAUGCAUCUCAACGGCUACCAGGGCGCGCCGCCCGCCGUUUCCACAUCGAAUACGGACAAGGAGUCGAGCACGGAGCUGCACACGUGGAUUAAGGAGAUUGGCGUCGUGUGGAUGACGCCCGACGGCGCGAACCACACGCUGCGCAUGGUGGCGCGCAAGGGCAAGCAGCAGGAGCGCGGCGACAACGGCUUCCUCUCGCUGCUCGAGAUCGACGGCGCCACGACCACCCCUCCCAGCGUUGGCGAAUCCAUCACGACGAACAGCGGGCUGGUGGUUACCAAAAUCGCGGAGGAGAAGGAGGGGCCGUUCGACGUGGAUCAGUUUCAGGUGCGCGUGGUGGGACUGGGGGAGCUCGACGUGCGCGUGCGCGUGGCGCAUCCGCUGCUGCAGACGCCGGCGGAGGCGGAGACGCACUUCAACGUGGAGCUCUCCGACGUCAAGAUGACGUCCGCCGUGCACGGCGUGCUGGGGCAGACGUUCAGGAACACGCCCGAGCAGCUGCAGCGCGCGGUCAAGUACUCGCACUUGGCGGCGCUGCUGCACCACCCGGUGGACGUGGAUAAGGCGGAGGGGCGGGGCUUCCUAGACGGGCAGGUGGAGGACUACAUCUCCUCGUCCGUCGUCGCGCCCGACUGCAAAUACUCCGCCUACGCCUCUGCCUAA